AUGUCUGGUUUAGUGGUUACUUUAAGUUCUUCAGAGGACGAAGACGUAAUGCCUUCUGCAAGAAAACAAAAACAGAAUGUGUUCGGUGAUUUAGACAUUAUACCCGAAGAGGCGAAAGAAAGUGUGAUAUCUAGGGACCAUUUAUUAGAUUUAGGUAGUAGCAGUAAAACUUUAACCCAACAAGAGAAGAAGAAGACUAAAGCAUUAGAAAAAGAAGCCAAGAAGAGAAAACUGCAGGAAGAAAAGAAUGAGAAGGAGGCACGCAUUGAGAUGAACAAGGUUUAUAAACCUGGAGAAUGUAUGCAGUACAUCAAUGUGGUCAUCAACAACAAUUUAUUACAUAAAUGGUACAUGACAAGUGUCGAGCAUGAAGUUACUGCGACUGGAGCCCAUAUUCAGAGACAGCAGUCUAAUCAGGACAUCAUUACCUGGAGUAGGAGACUGCCUCUGACACUGGAUAGAUACUUUGAGAAGUUAAAAAAGCCGAAUGAGGAGAAGUGUGACCAUGCUCUAUGCAUAAUGGAAGUCGAUCGUGUGACGCGGUUGGUGCAGGACAAUGCUCUCGCGAGGACCAUGACAGAGUUCAAGGAACAACUGCAAUGCAACCUCACUUUAGUCGUCGUACAAGUAGAAGGAUAUUUCAAGUCGAAAAAUGGACGCAAGGAGAUGAAUAAUAUUGAUUUCGAACUGGCCUUAACAGAUGUGAUGGUGACGGCUGAUUGCGAUGUGGUGACAGUAGAGACCGCGCAGGAGAUGGCGGAGACCAUAGUGAGGUUUACUAAAGCCAUCGCUGAUGCACCCGCUAAAAAAGCGAAACGGGAAAUAGAUGAAUUGUCCAGCUUCUACAUGAGAGGCGUUAACAAGAAUUGUGUUGCCAUUACAAAUAAUGGUGCCGGUGUCUCCCAGCUAUGGCAGCAGAUGUUAGCCGUAUUACCACAAUCUAGCCUCGACAUCUCUCGGGCAGUUUGCGCUCAAUACAAGUCACCGCUCGCCAUGUAUGAGAGCUUACAAGAACCAGAUUCCUUAGAACAUUUAGCAAGUUUAGGCGUGUCUCGUUCAGGCGUGGCCGGGGCUAAGCAACGGAAGAUCGGACGAGAGUUUGCGAUCAAAUUGCAUACUCUGUUCACUGCACGGUCGGGAGACGUUAUUGUAGGAGAACAAGCUGAUGACUGA